AUGUCUGCAACACUUGACACUCAGACGACAUUUUACAUUCUAGUCAGAAAUGCUUUUUACGUAAUAUUUUGUGUGAGUACUUUGAUGCAAGUUGCCAUGGGACAUUGUGCUAAAUACAGUACAGCUAGAUGGUUGAAUAGUUUGGCGACCAGCGAUGCUGCAAUGGAAAAACUUGGCCUACUUACCAAUUGCCGAACUCUAAAAAAAUCAAUUGCCUAUCUCAUUUCACUUGGCGUCUUCUUGUUUGUAGCAAAAGUAGUAAUUUAUCAACAAGCCUUUGAAAAACCUUGGAUCAUUGUAAUUUGUGUAGCCGUCUAUCACAUUACAAAAAGUACUCUCAAAAUGGGAUUCGUGUUUUUUAUGUUGCAUCUUCAUUUGAGAUUUCAAAUGAUUAAUACAGCUAUAGAUGAAUUCGCUUCAAGAAAUCAACGAUUAUCGCUUGUUGUUCCAGGCUUGACCUUUUACGAUCACAGUGUAGCUGAAAAGUUCAACAGUAUUUGCAAAAUGCAUUUUAGACUUAGCUAUUUGGCUAAGAGAUUGAACGAUAUAGCUUCUUUCCAAUUGUUUUUCUCGUUUUUCGUUUCCCUAGGAGCCUUGUUACUCUUUAGCUUUUAUUUGUAUCAUUACAUCAAAACUAUGUCGUCGGAAAAUUUAGGAUACUCUUAUAAAGCUAUCUCAACUUUUUUGUUUGGCAUUAUUGGACUGAUUGAUGAAAUUUUCGAUUGCUUAUUGAUAACGAAAAGUUGCGGGCUUUUGUGUAAAUCUUCAAAUAGCCUUACAAACCAAAUUUGCAAAACAAAUCCUACACAUACAUAUCCUAAAAGAUACAUCCAAUGGAAAAUAAACCUAAAAAGUUCUCCUGGACAACUUCCGGACGUAUUACCAGAUCCACUAACACCAGUUAGUAUGGAGAAUCCUGAGAUGUUACAACCCCAACUUGAGAUGUCUGAUCUAGAACUUGAAAGAUCCGAUGUAGAGAAUAACCUGUCCGAUCCAGAGUCUAAGAUACUGGAUGCAGCAAACGAACCCCCUGAGAUUUCAGAUGCAGAUGCCUUAGCAGAGAACUUCAGCUUAUCCGAUGCAGAAAGUGCAGAGACUCAAGUGCCAGUCCCAGCCAGUGUUCGACCUCGACGACAACAGAAAAGGCCUCAGUACCUACAAGAAUACCAAAGUGAUAUUGACAUAAGUGACUAG